AGCGUUACAUUUCUUCAAAGCAAAGUUUGUUUUGCUUCCAAAAUUCCUAAAUAGAAAAUUCUCCUGGCCAAAACUUUCGAAAAUUUCUGUAUUUUACCUGUAAUCGGUGAAUAAUCUUCAUAGUUCUAAGAUGGAGCACACCCCAAAUAAACCUCAUGGCGAAUUGGAGGUAACCGGGGUGUCUCGCAGUGGUCGGGUCUGCAAAAAAUCCUCGAAGUUGAUGGAUUUCCAAUCACCCGACGACAUCAACGAUGCCAAGCAGAAGAAGACUGCCAAAGGCAAGGGAACCGGAAUAGCUUCCGGCAAUAUCCAGCAGAGCACACCGGUGGGCGUUUCCUCCGGAAGUUCCGGACUGGGAUACCUAAUUGACGCCAUAAAAUCAGAACACGGGGCAGACAUGCUGUCGGGAGAUAGCGAUUUUCCUUCGGAAUCCGGAGGGGACACGAACGAUUCGGAUGACGAUGAUGCUAUAGAUAUUGAGGAUAUGGAAGGUGGGAGUGACGAUGAGGAGAGAAGCGACACCGAUUUACUUGUCGAAAUGCCGCCGAAACAGAGUCUCUAUAUGUCUGAGAAAUCGGCCAGGUACAAGAAAGUUUUGAAAGAUGGAAAGGUUGUAAUGGGCAAAGCGCAACGUAAGGACAAAGGCGUCCGGCGUAUAACAGCUUACAUGCUGUGGGCUAAAGAAGCUCGGCAACAAUUGAUGGGAAACCCGGAAAUGGAUUUCGCAUCGAUGUCCCGCAGGUUAGGGGAACUGUGGAACAACGUUCCCACUAAUACGAAACACAACUGGAAACGACGUGCCCGUCAUAUCGCAAAAAAGUUCAAAGAGAACAGCGAGAAAGCCUUGGAAACUCCUUACGUCAAGCGUUAUCUUCAUCUGGACAAAAUACAAUCGCAGGCUCCGGCCAAAGCGGCUGCCUCGAGUACCACAACCACACCGGUUCGAGCAAAAAAGGCGCAACCGAAAGCUACCGUGGCUGCUGCCGAAAGUAAAAUGUCUUCUGCAGCUGUGGUUCAUCAUUCUCCGGAAUCGCCCACAAAAGGCGGUGCCCAUUUGAAAUUACCAGGUUAUCAACCGACGGACGUGGCAGCUCAUCUUAAGCUGCUCGGCGAUAGCUUAACGAUCAUCGGCGAACGGCUCAAAGAACACGAAGGUCAAAUUGCCGUAUCCGGUAGCCUUUCGGUGCUGCUCGAUAGUUUACUUUGUUCGCUCGGGCCGCUCAUGUGCUUGACGAUGCAUAUUCCCGGUAUACAUACUGAGGGGGAUAGGUUGAAGGAGUUGUGCCAGGAUACAUUGGACAACAUUGCCUAUGUUAUGCCGGGACUGUAGAAAGGUAAUUUCUAGACUUUUAUCCUUAAUAGAUAUCUCGCAAUUCUAUGUAAGUAAAAUAUUGAACGUACAGUA